GAGUCGGCUUUCCAGCAAAUGUACCCGCCUGCCUCUUAUCAGAAACGCAUUGUUACAGUUCCAUAGCUCACUCUAGAGCUUACACUUCACAUCUAACUAUGCAAUCAAUCACAAACGCCGCUCCAAUUCAUCUCUCAAACAAUGCUAUCUUCAACUCCACAUUCCAGAGAAGCAACAGCAAAACUCAUCCCCAAUUUGUACUGAUUCAAAGCCAUGGCAGAAUCCUUAAUCGAGUUGCCCUUCGCACUAGGGGAAAGUGGAGGUGCUCUGCAGCCGAGCAGCCUCAGCCACAAGGGCAGAAACAACGGCCACCGAAGCAGAAAAGGAACCCGUCCGACGACGAAAACGGAAUUGACCCGGUUGGGUUCCUCUCCAAAUACGGCAUUACCAACAAAGGUUUUGCUCAGUUUUUACGUGAAAGGCAUAAAUUACUGAAGGACUUGAAGGACGAGAUUUUUAAUCGUCACCUCAAUCUCAAGGAGAUGGCUUCCGGAUUUGAUAUGAUGGCUAUGCACCGGAAUCCGCAGCAUCGAGUGGAUUUCUUGGAGUGGGCUCCAGGUGCUCGCUAUUGUGCUAUUGUUGGCGAUUUUAAUGGAUGGUCACCAACUGAAAAUUGUGCUAGAGAGGGUCAUUUUGGCCAUGAUGAUUAUGGAUAUUGGCUUAUUAUACUUGAUGAUAAAUUACGUCCUGGAGAAGAAGCCGACACACUCUUUUUUCAACAGUACAAUUAUGUGGAUGACUAUGAUAAAGGUGAUAGUGUUACUGCAGAAGAGAUGUUCAAAAAAGCAAAUGAUGAAUAUUGGGAACCCGGUGAAGACCACUACAGUAAAUCACGUCUUGAGAUUGCAGCUAAGUUGUUUGAGCAAAUAUUUGGGCCAAAUGGACCUCAAACAGAAGAAGAACUUGAGGAAAUUAGACCUGAUCCUGAUCCAGAGAAAAGAUAUAAAGCUUGGCAAGAGCAACAUAAGAAUGAUCCUCCCAGCAAUUUACCACCUCUUGAUGUAAUUGACAGUGGAAAAAAAGAGUAUGAUAUUUUCAAUAUUGUGAGUGAUCCAGUAAGUCGAGAAAAAUUUCGUGCAAAGAGUCCUCCUAUUGCUUAUUGGCUGGAGAGUCGGAAAGGAAGGAAAGCAUGGUUGAAGAAAUAUACUCCUGGAAUACCACAUGGAAGCAAAUAUAGGGUGUACUUUAACACUCCAGAUGGGCCUUUGGAACGGGUUCCUGCCUGGGCUACUUAUGUGGCUGUAGAUGCAGUUGGGAACCAGGCUUUUGCUGUCCAUUGGGAACCGCCUCCUGAGUCUGAAUACAAGUGGAAACAUAAGCUUCCACCCAAACCAAAAUCUUUGCGUAUUUAUGAAUGUCAUGUUGGGAUAGCUGGUCAGGAACAAAAAAUUUCAUCGUUCAGUGAUUUCAUCAACAAGGUCCUUCCACAUGUAAAAGAAGCUGGAUACAAUGCAAUUCAGUUCAUUGGAGUAGUUGAGCACAAAGAUUAUUUUACUGUUGGAUAUAGAGUGACAAAUUUUUUUGCUGUUAGUAGCCGUUUUGGCACUCCAGAGGAUUUCAAACACUUGGUUGAUGAAGCACAUGGAUUAGGACUGCUGGUUUUCUUGGACAUUGUCCAUUCCUAUGCAGCAGCAGAUGAAAUGGUUGGAUUAUCACGGUUUGAUGGAACAAAUGACUGCUUUUUCCAUACUGGUAAACGAGGGCAUCAUAAAUUUUGGGGUACGAGAAUGUUCAAAUAUGGAGAUCAUGAUGUUCUGCACUUCCUUCUUUCAAAUUUGAAUUGGUGGGUGGAGGAGUAUCAUGUUGAUGGUUUCCAUUUUCAUUCACUUCCAUCAAUGUUGUAUACACACAAUGGAUUUGCAUCAUUUACUGGUGACCUAGAGGAGUACUGUAACCAAUAUGUAGACAAGGAUGCCUUGUUGUACCUCAUAUUGGCUAAUGAGAUCUUGCAUGCACUUCAUCCAAGUAUAAUCACAAUAGCAGAGGAUGCAACACUUUAUCCAGGACUAUGUGAACCAACUUCUCAAGGUGGACUGGGGUUUGAUUAUUUUGUUAACCUUUCUGCCACAGAGAUGUGGUUAUCACUAUUUGAGAAAAAGCCUGAUCAUCAAUGGAAAAUGAGUGAGAUUGUUAGCACACUCGUGGGCAAUAAACAAAAUGCUGAUAAGAUGCUUUUGUAUGCUGAAAACCACAACCAGUCCAUAUCUGGAGGACACUCUUUUGCAGAAAUAUUAUUAGGUGAAUCUGUUAAGGACUCUUCUGUCUCACAAGAAUCAUUACUUAGAGGCUGCUCAUUACAUAUGAUGAUCAGGUUAAUAACUUUCACAAUUGGUGGUCCGGCUUAUUUAAAUUUCAUGGGCAAUGAAUUUGGACACCCUCAGAGGGUCGAGUUUCCAAUGCCAAGCAACAAUUACUCAUUUUCACUAGCAAACCGUCGCUGGGAUCUGUUAGCAGAUGAAGUCCAUAACCAGUUGUUUUCCUUUGAUAAGGAUAUGAUGCACUUGGAUAAAAAUGAAAGAGUGCUUUCAAGAGGCCUUCCUAACAUCCACCAUGUCAAUGACACAAUGAUGGUGAUAUCUUACUUAAGGGGUCCUUUUCUGUUUGUGUUCAAUUUCCAUCCUAAGGAUUCAUAUGAAAGAUACAGCAUAGGCGUAGAAGAAGCCGGAGAGUAUAAAGUCAUCUUGAACACUGAUGAAAACAAGUAUGGUGGGCGAGGAUUGAUUGGCGAUGAGCAGUAUGUCCAAAGAACCUGCAAUCGUAGAGUUGACGGAAUGAGAUUCUGCUUGGAAGUGCCUCUACCAAGUAGAAGCGCUCAGGUUUACAAGUUGACACGAAUUCUGAGAGUGUAGCCAUGGAUUCUGAGGCUGAUCAGCCAAAACGCUUAAUGUCGGUUAAUGAGUCGACGUGCUGCAUACCAUUCAGAAGAAAGGCGAGCCUACGCCAUUUGUUCAGGCUGUUCCUUGAUCCUUCAUCAACAGCUUUGAAGGUGAGAAUAAAUGCAGAAAAUUCUGUGUCUAGAGCCUGUAAUCUCCACUCAUCCUUGAAAAUUUUAUGAUGUCAAAAGGGCACUGCGUAAAUGUCUAGAAAUUUUCAAUACCAAAUCCACAAUAUGCAUUCGGCAGUGUAAUUACAUAUUUACAUCAAUGGGUGUAAACUGUAAAGCAAUUUUUAUUUUUUUAAUUAAUUGUGAUGAUAAUAUAUUUGGAUUGCCAACAUCAUAUUAUGUAAUCAUAAAAUUAUCAUUGUAUGGUA